UUUAUCAUAUUUCUUAUAGAAAAAUCAAAUAAGUGCAGCAAGUACAGAUAAGCAUUAAUUUGAAUGCAUUUGCAGCAACGUGGGAACGAAGGGAGUUUGGAAUUUGGAAAUAAGAAAAAUAGAAAAAAAAAAAAAAAUGAGUUGUUUAGCCUAUAAAUGAAAUAGAAUGCAGGAAAUGCAAGCAUCAAGAAGCUAAGACACAAACAACUUUCUAAAGAUUGGAAAACAAGUUUAAAAGAGAGUAAGAGAGAAAAUAUAAAGUACUUAAGUUACGGGCCGGUGAUAAUAUGUCUUUGCCAGAAAUCACAGCCUUCAAUAUAUUUAACACCUCCUACCAUCUUCGUGUUAGAGAGGGUGCAAAUGGUGAAUUGUGGGGCGAGGUCGAUACAGAAGAAGGAGUUUUUAGUGACUCCGCCAAGUUUGAGGUUGUCAGGGCUCUAACUGGAGUUCAUUUGAGAAGCUUGUUUAACAACAAGUACCUUAUCAAGGAUGCGUCAAGCAACUAUAUAAGCGCAAAGAGUGACGAAGCAGUGGAGGACACAACAGCCCAGAACUGCACAUUUGUUUACAGCGGAGAAUAGGGGUAACGGCUCAGUGGUAUUGAAGCACGUCCAGACAGGGAAGUACUUGGAUGACUCGCUAAGACAAAAUGAUCAACGUCCCUUUCGCCCAAUUCUGAGUGAUGGUUCUCCAUCAAUUUUAGAUUUUUAGUUGCAGUUGACUUAAAACAUGAGGUAAUCAAAUUACCCAAAAGAGUGGUGAUAAAGUGCUUUACCGGGGAAUAUCUACUACCAAGUUCGACAGAACUCUUUAAAUUUCAGAAAUUUGAGGGAGCUGAUCAAAACAACACGAUCACCUGGUACAUCACCAGUUACGAUCCCGUGGGCAAGCUGCGCCUCCUUCCCUUCUAUUACUGGUCGCAAGGCGAUUAUAAUCAAUUUUGCGGAGCCACCAACAAUAAAGACGGUCUGCGAACUACCUCUCCUCUAUUUCCUCUGCUGCUGGAAUACAUGCUUUUCAAGGUUUUUCACACAAGUGGGAACUCAAUUUGUCUCAUCAACUAUCAAGGAACUUUUCUUCGAAAUAACCCGGAAAGAUAUUACAUGGCGGAGGAGCCGGUUAUUAGAAGGAACAUCGAUGUUAGGUACCGCUUAGAGGAUGCUAUUAUGUAUGACUUGGAGCCACUCUCUUUUGCGACUAAUAUAACUAAGAACAACACUAGUGAGCCCGUAUUGUCUACUUUAACAGUAGAAUAUACUAAAAGCAAGACAUUCACUUUUUCUGUGAGUUCCUCUAUAAGCAGCAGCGUGAGUAGCACCAUUAGCGGGGGAAUACCACUAGUUGCCGAGGCAGAGGUUACGGUUGAAGUGGGGGUUAGCAUUGAGACCAGUUUUGGAGUAGAACACAAUGAAGCCGAGACGGUUAGUGACUCUGUCCAAGUUACGGUGCCCCCCAACAAAAGGAGAGGUGCAAGGAAGGUGGCAAUGAGGGGAAAAUGUGAUGUUCCAUUUUCUUACCAACAAGUUGAUGUGUUGGCCAAUGGUGAGCGUGUUGUAUAUAAUCUAAGUGAUGGUGUUUUUAAGGGCAUGAACGGCUAUGCGUUCCAUACCAUUGUCUUUGAUCCUGACAACCUCGCCGUUAUCCUUGAACGUAUUCCCGGCUAACAUUAGUAUAGUACUACUUGGAGGGGUACAGUUGUGAUAUGUCCGCUGUCUUCCUUCUCUCGAACCUUUAUUUAUGCGGAAUACUGGAUUGAUCACUUACUAGUAUAGUACUGCCUUCCUCCGGUCAUUAUUGCUAUAUUAAGCACAAAAAUAAGAAUUUACCUAGAGGUAAAUUCACUUUAGAAAGCAAGACAUUUUAUGGAUUGUGAAGAAAAUUGAAAUAUGUAUUGUUUUUUAUUUUUCAAGUACUGCUCUGAAGGCUCCUAAUAAUUAAGUUGAUGGUUUUGAAUUUUGAUAAAUGUCAAUGUUUCUUUUGAAGUUGUUUGACCAUUUUAGAUGGUCUUAAAUUAGUUAUGAACUUUCCC